GUGGAAGCGAUCUCAUCCGCAAUAUCCCAUCACUUCAAUGUGUGAAACUGAUCUCUCAUUGGCGACUUCAAGAAGGAUAGUUGACAACUCCAUUGAUUCAUCCAUCAAGUUAUUAUUAAAUGCCUUGCCCGCUACUGCGAUUCCUAUACUUGUCUCCGUGAAUUUAGCGUCUUCUUCAAACAUCACCACCCUCCGUUUUCAUUCUUUCUUCUACUCCUCUUCCUCCUUUUAUGCUCAAGCUUCUUUUGAAAGUUCUUGGAACUAAGUAAUAUACCUAAAACUCCAUAUUCAUGGCCUUCUACUAUCCGUCUGUUGCCUUUGUCUUCAUUCUUGGGACAUUCUUUAUCGUCCCAUUUGCUCGUUCUAUACCCUUCAUAGUUCUCCAUGGAAUUGGAGAUCAAUGCAAGAAUAAAGGAGUAAAGCAGUUCACUGAGUCGCUGAUUAACUUUUCUAGUUCUCCAGGAUAUUGCCUAGAAGUUGGGAAUGGAAUAUGGGAUUCCUGGUUUAUGCCUCUCGAGGAACAGACGAGGAUUGCUUGUAACAAGGUUAAAGAAAUGAAAGAAUUGAAGGAGGGCUACAACAUAGUUGGUCUCUCACAGGGCAACUUAAUUGCUCGAGGGGUGCUGGAGUUUUGUGAAGGUGGACCUCCUGUUAAGAAUUACAUUUCCUUAGCGGGACCUCAUGCUGGUACUGCUUCUGUUCCUCUUUGUGGUUCUGGUGUUUUAUGCAUAAUUGCAAACAACCUAAUUAAGGCAGAGAUCUAUAGUGACUAUGUACAGGAUCACCUGGCUCCCGCUGGCUAUCUCAAACUCCCCAAUGACAUCCUUCAUUACUUGAAAAAGUGUAAGUUUCUCCCCAAGCUCAACAAUGAACUUCCAGAGCAGAAAAACUCAACUUACAAGGAAAGAUUCGCUAGCUUGCAGAAUUUGGUGCUUAUCAAGUUUGAGAACGACCGUGUUUUGAUACCUAAAGAAACCUCUUGGUUUGGUUAUUAUCCAGAUGGAUCUCUUAAUACAGUUAUACCUCCGCAAGAGACAAAGCUUUACAAUGAGGACUGGAUUGGUCUCAAGGCGUUGGAUGAAGCUGGAAGAGUUCAUUUUGUAAACGUGUCAGGGGGCCACCUCGGAAUAUCCACAAGUGAUAUGAAAAAGCAUGUUGUGCCUUACUUGGUGGAUCAACAAUCAGCAAUAACAGAUAGCAAAGCUGGGGCGCAGGGAAUCACGACAAACAUUAAGGGAGAACAAGAUUUGAAAGGAUUCAGCCAUACGUCAUCUGAAGAGAUGCUAGAUGGAUCAUCAUCGUAUCAGUGGCCCUCAUCAGUGAAAGGCUUUUUUAUGGAGCUUGUUGGGCUGGCAGUGGCAGAGGAGAAUGCUUCAGAUAAAUUCUGAAUUGGAACGCUGGUUGCUUCAGUAGUUUAUACUCUAGAUGGCAUCAUAGAUUAAGGAAAAAAUAUACAUAUAAUUAUUAGAAUCAAGGGUUACUAUCGCUUAUUGGUACCGUGGAUAUACAAGUUUCUCUUCCAUGAUUAAGCA